AUGGAUCUGAUCUUGCUCGAUGAGAAGGGCCGUAAGAUUCAGGCAUGGAUUAAGGCUCCAUUAAUACCUGUGUUUAUCUCACAGCUUCAUGAGGAUGAAGUUGUUAUUCUCUCCAGAUUUGGUGUUGGAGAAAACACUGAUGCUCACAAAGUUAUUAACCAUGGUUACAAGAUUAACUUUUACCGAUGUACGGUUGUUACACGUGCGAAUGGUUGGCAAGGUGUUGAUUACGGAUUUAAUUUCAUCGCACAUUCACACAUUCUUAAUAGAGAUGGAAAGGAUCUGCUCACGUGCGGUAUAACUGUUUCUGAUAAUCUGAUAUAUGUUUUGCCUCCCUUUUCAAUGUCACUAAUUUCUGUUGCUAUGUUUACCAUUUUAGAUGUUGCUGGAAUUGUUGUCUCCUGUGGAGAUAUGGAAAUCUUUCCUAAUGAAAGAAAAAAGAUGAAUUUGGAUCUUCAAGAUGUCCAGGGAGAGGUAGUCCGUUGUACUUUGUGGAUUGUGUAUGCACAAGAAUUAAAUCAUUUUUUUUCUCAAAACUCUCCGAAUGAGACUGUGAUGGCUGUCAUUCAGCAUGCGAGGAUUAGGAAGUGGCAGGGUCAAUAUACUGUUCAAAGUGAUAAGUUUGGAAGUCGUCUAUUUCUCAACCAAGAAAUUGAUGAGAUUAAUGAACUUCGCAAGAGUCUUUUAGUGAAACAAUUUGAAGCUGGUGCUUCUUCUUCUCAAACCAUUCUUUCAUCUCAGAGUGUAUUUGCAGUCCCUCAAGAAUUUCUAAUUGAGACUCCUAAGAGACAUGUUGAUGAAAUUAUUGAGAUUGAUAGUGGAAUGUCAUGUGUGGUAGUUGCAACGAUCAAAAUUGUUCAACAAAACUAUGGAUGGUUUUAUCCGGCAUGUCGAGACUAUAAAAAGAAGGUGUUGACCAAAAUUGAGUACUUACAAUAUGCUAAAACCAUUUCUGAUGAGGUCAUGAAUCUGUCACCUGCUUCAUUGAACUGCUAUGGUUUUUGCUGUAAUUUACUUGGCAUUUAUUACAGGUUCAAAGUACAUCUGAGAGUGCAAGAUGAAACUGGCAGCGUUUCUUUUGUGAUGUUUGAUAAAGAUGUAAUGAAGCUUAUUGGUCCAACUGCGAAUGAUAUAAGGGAACGCCAGGUGAAGCUCGAUGAUACUGAAACUUUUCCCCAUGAAAUAUCACGGUUGGUUGAAAAGAAGUUGGCGUUUAAAAUUGAAGUUUCUGAUUACAACCUUAACCAUGACUACCACGUCUACACUAUCCAAAAAGUAUGUGAUGAUCCGGACAUAAUUGCUGAAUUGGUUGGUGGUAAUGGAAAUGCUCUUGAGGUUGCUGAUGAGGUGUUUAGUCAAAAAGGUUCAGAAGUUAAAGCUGUUCAAUUAUCUGAAUCCUCACAGAUGGCCGGUGCUAAUAUUUCAAAGGAUGUUGUAUCUGUUAUGGCCGACUCUUCCGUUGUCGAAGCCGAGAAGGAUUCGACCACCAGUCCUAAUGGUAAACGUUCGUUGCAGGAUGUGGAAGGUCAAAAUGUUGGGGAACUCUCUUCUAACAACAAAAGGAACCGGAGGAAGCCAUCUAGGCUUGACACUUAG